UUUCGGAGCUGGGGACCGAACCACUGAGCUAAAUCCCCAGCCCCUUCACAUGGAUUCUUAACCCGUCCUGCAGUGGUUAGCUGUCCAGGAGGCUUCAGUCUUGGGUGUGGCUCAAAUACAGACAAGCCAAAGCAGCAGAGUCUGUGACUACGCUCCUGUGGCUCUUCACCUUGAACCAGCAUCAGAACUACCCGGAGGGCUUGUUAAAACAGAUUGCUGGGUCCCACCCUGGUUCUGGCUCGGUGUGCACCGAACCACGGGUGGGGCUUGAGAAUUUGUGUCUGUUUUGAGUUCCCAGGAGUUGCUGGUGCUGCUAAUUGGGGAUCACUGGUGUAGAGCACUGAGGCUGAGAUGGGGAUCACUGGUGCAGAGCACUGAGGCUGAGAUGGGGAUCACUGGUGUAGAGCACUGAGGCUGAGAUGGGGAUCACUGGUGCAGAGCACUGAGGCUGAGAUGGGGAUCACUGGUGCAGAGCACUGAGGCUGAGAUGGGGAUCACUGGUGCAGAGCACUGAGGCUGAGAUGGGGAUCACUGGUGCAGAGCACUGAGGCUGAGAUGGGGAUCACUGGUGCAGAGCACUGAGGCUGAGAUGGGGAUCACUGGUGUAGAGCACUGAGGCUGAGAUGGGGAUCACUGGUGUAGAGCACUGAGGCUGAGAUGGGGAUCACUGGUGCAGAGCACUGAGGCUGAGAUGGGGAUCACUGGUGUAGAGCACUGAGGUUGGUUGGAUGAGGAGUCAGGCUGUCCAGGUUGGAGUCUUGGCCUUGCCACUUACUAACUGCACUUGGGCAAGUAAGUGCUUGAACAUUCACGUACUUUGGUAUCUACAUUGUAGGAUUCCUAAGGUUGAAUGAAACAGUAUGUAUUAAGUGCUUGAAGUAUGGGGCCUUUCCUUCAAUGGCGAUGAGAUAUGUUCUUUGUUUUGUUAACUUUAGGGUCUAGUUCUUAAACCAGUAAGGAGUAAAAAUGUGAAUCCAGGGUUCACAUGAUACAGUUCUGACAGGUCAUGUGCAUGUAUUGGAGCACCAGAGCAGUGAGAGGACCAGGAGGAGGAGAGGUGAGUGGGGCUAGAGAUACUGGCAUGUUGGAGCUGAGAAAGGGGGAUUGUCAGAGGUUUGGCUUUCACUAGCAGAGAGAAAUCCCAAGGAGGGAGGGGAAAGCAAGGUGCCUGCACGGGUUUGUCAGAGAUAGCCUUCUCUUCCUUUCAGCAGAUUUAGAUCUGGUUCUGGUUUUAAGGUUACUGUAGCAUUUGCUUCUUUUGGAGAACAGUGGCUAAGGAAAUGGUUUCCAACAGCUUCUGGAGCUGCUCCGCAGCCUUUAUCCUCCGCAGCUGCUACACAUGCUUCUGAUUCUUGCUGAGGAAGGCAGUUGUUAGGCUUGGAAGUUUUCAGAUUCCAGAGCCAGCUGGACAGCUGACCUUCUGGUAGCUGUUUCCAGACCGCCAGCUCUCUGUCGCCUCAUCUCCUCGGGUCCCCCUUUUUUUUGACUUUGGAACGAUGAUCUAUAUUUAGUGGGCUAGACAGUUAGGUUAGGGGAGACCAUGCAUGGAUAUUUGAGCCUGGGACAAGAUGUACCCAGACUUUAACCCCUUCAUCCUCAGAUGACCACUUAAAGUGCUAGGAAUGCACCUCCAGCUCAAGGGUGAGGGGUAGUGUUUAGUUUUGAGUGUCCCGAAUGAAAUAUUUGGGGGAAGGAGUAGGGAGACGUUCAUGUCUCUCCAUUUAUGGCUGAGCAAUGCUUGGUAUUCUACAGAAGGAGCCAUAGGAACAGGAGGGAAAGAGCGCUGCAUUCUGAUUGUUCACCUUUCCCUCGGAGAUGAUUAGGGAUACCUUGGGAGGCACCAGAGCAGAGCAAGUAUUUCUUAGACUCACAUGAGCACCAGCUGCUUCCUCUGGGCAUCUUCUCUCCCAGGCUGCUGAGUCACCACCUAGGAACGGCUAGGAAUGACAGUAGCCAGGUUGCCGCCUGGAGCACCUGGAGGGUUCUUGGCAUACUGCACUGUUGGUAUUGGUCUCCUAGACACAGAUUGGGCCUCUUCAGGCUCUUCGAAUCAUGGGCUGAGACUUAGCUCUCCCUCCAGCUUGUUCCAGGAGGCACUGACCUACUUUUCAGAGACAAUUAAGUGUUUGUGAGCAUUGGAAGGCGGUGGCCAAAAUGAAGGUUGAACUAGACAAACAUUAGGAGUUUCUUUUUCCAUCUCACACAUCAGGGCCUGUCUCACUUCAAAUGGAAUGGCAGACCAGGCUGAUGGGGGCCAGAUUCCAAGUGCUUAUCUAGAUGGCCACCCAACUCUUGAAUUCUUGUCAGUGCACUUUAAUAUUAGAAGUUUCCUUUUGAAAUCACACACUUGUUGUCUUUUUAGAACAAGGUUUGGAAGGUAGUGAAUUGGCUAUUAAAAGGCAGAAGUACCUUUAGGUGACAAUGUCUGGUUUAUUUGUAGCAUCUCUGAGAUGAUUCAGGUCUCUUUUUGUACAGGACUGGAGUAAUAAGCUAGCUAAAACUGGAUCUUAGGGAAUAAGUAAAUAGUUUAUGUAGGCUUUACUUUCCUUAUAAGGCAAGAGGUUAAAUGAAUGUAUUAAUGAAUGCAUAAGCAAGCUAUCGAUAAAUAAAUUAGAAAACUCAGCAAGAAUUGGUAUUAAAAAAUUAGAUUCAAUUAUCAAAACCAAUUUAUUUUUGCUUGUGCUGGGGAUGGAACCCAGGGCUUUACCCUUGCUCAGACUAGGCAACCAAAAUGUAUACAUACCCCCAGGCCUCAACUUUCAGCUCACAGGGAAAGGAAGUAAACUCGCUUUCUCAGUUUGAUCCUGGGUCUCACUUAGCUUGUUACCUGGCUCCAGCUCCUGCUUCCCUGUUGAGUGUAAUUGCUAUGCUUGGGUUGUUCUUACUGUUGUCCCUUAGCAAUGGGUAUAGAUCCAAGGCCCUAAGGACAGCAACUCUUGUCCUGUAUUGGUUGACUGUAAGGCCCAGAAGGAGCUGGAUGGCAUUUCAUAGGCUUUCAUUUUCAACAAUAUAGGCACAAGAACCCACAAUUUUUCAUAACUAAAGAAAAGUUAUUUUAAAAGUUAUUGCUGGGUCAGGUGUGGUAGUACAUGGCAUACCCUUUAAAGCUAGUACUGGGCAACCAGAGACAGCCAGAUCUGUGAGUGUGAGGCCAGCCUGGUCUACGUAGUGAGUUCCAGGGCGUGUUAGAGGCCCUGGGUUUAUGCUGAGCACUGCAAGGAAAAAAGGAGUGAAACACUGCUAUUACAUACAGCAUGCAGUGCUGUCACAACUCAGAGUUAAGCUUGGGGCAGACUCCCGUCCAUCAAGUCAGUGUCAGUCUCAUCUGGAGGGCAGCUUCCGCCAGAGCAAAGGUUAGAAUUUGGUGACCUGAUCCCAGAGCUUUAGUACACCCUCGUUUCUUCCACUUCUAUUCCUUUUUGCCCAAGAAACCUGGCCUCUGCUGUUGCCUAGUCUGCCAUCUUGCUUAUGGCGCCUACCUUUCUACCCUAUCCUUUUCAGCCCUGAAACAGGCCACCAUUGCUUUUUCUUUCUUCUCCCCUCUCCUUCCCAUUCUCUAGGGUUGGGCCCUGAAUGACUGCCUUCUUCACAGAUUCCUGAGUGCCUCCACUUGGCUGCCACUGCUGCCCGGGAUGUGUUAAUCCUAGCAGGCUGAUGCAGUGGUUCCUUCCCCUGCAGCAACUGUUCCAGACUUGUCCACAGUCCUCCGCUCAACCCCACCCAACCACGUCAGCUCUCUGCCAGCCAUUCAGCCUUUACAUCCUAUACCUUAUCUGUCAUUUCAUCAGUAAUCCCUGCCGGCCUCCUCCUUCCCUGAUCUCAGAAGCUUGUUGCUAGAUAUAUUUUCAAUUUGUCUUUCCUAGUGAACUACAAAUCCCUCUCCAGCCUAAGUAAAUUUUCUUUAAGUUUUUCCCUGUUUCUAGACUCUGCCAGUCUGUCAUCACAACUGAAAUUGCUCUCACUUGUAUGACUUACUUGAAGAACUCAGCUUCUUUUUCGUUCUGCUGAUGUUUGAUCUUGUCAUCACUUUUGAUAGUUUGAUAGUUUUUAGACCAUUUUUAUCUUUGUUUUGCUUUUCUAUAUUAAUUUAUCUGUUUUGGUUAUUUUAUUUAUUAACUUCAUUUCUGUAUGUAAUAAUGGUUUUCAGAUCAGAUUCUUUGAAUAUGUGUUCACUUCCCCCAGGUUCAUACUUGAUUUAGCCCGAAAGUUGAGAAGUUAUGCAUACUUACGCACACUUAGAAGUCUACAGAAAUCUCAUUGCCACCCUCCUCCUUUCCCUUGCCUGAACCCACCUCUCUUCUGAAUAUCCGUCUUAACGGUUAUCUUUGACUGGUUGGACCCACUGUCCUAUUUUAGAUCCUCAUCGUCUCUGAGUCUCUCCAUAUUCACACCACAUCUCGGAAAAGGAUUCUCAAUUUUACCCUUUGUUGAUGACCCUUGAAUUUACUUUCUAUUUUACCUGCAUCAUAAACAGUUUCUGCAGUGAUCUUUUGUCCCAGACAAAAGGUAAGUAUCUGCGUUCUCACUGUCUGUCGUUUCUUACAGACUUCUUGUGGCGCUCCCUUUGCCUUUGGACUUAUCCUCUUGUCAGCAGUUAACCAUUUAGUUGUCUGGCUCCCCAAGACAGAGAGUUCACUGAGAGCGGACGGUGCCAUCUUCAUCUGUUUCUUUGAUGCUGUAACAUUUGGUUGCAUUGUUGGACUAUCGGUUAUGUUCCAGCUAUCUUCAGAUAAAGGAUUCUUGGAAAAAUCUGGAAAAACUGUGCUACUGUUGGAUAUUUAGUUAAGUUGUAGCGCAAUUAUCUCCAUGUUCUUUCAUAAAAUAACCAUGUUUAUUUUAGAAAAAGUAUAAAAUAACAAACGAAAGCAUAGACAGCAGCCUGUGAUUGCGGGGUAGGAUUCCAAGCUCUAGACCUUGUGCACAGUAGGUAAGUGCUCUAUCACUAAGCUAGAACCAGCCCUACCAGCAACAGUUUGAUACAUAUUUUGACCAAAUUCACCCUCCUUUCCCUCUUCCCUAAUUUCUUCCCUAUCUUCCCCACCCUGCUUUACUUUUAUAUAUUUGUCUUUUAAAUGCACUUAGUGUGCGUGGGUAGGACAGUCUACUGGAGCAUGGGCGGACUCUCAGAGCAGCCGCCAAUGGCAAGUAACUCCUCAGCUAGGGGCGGAUCUUCUCGAGCUCCUCCCUUAUCUGUGUUGGGAUUUGAUAAGUUUUCUUUUAAACAUUUACUUAUCUAAAUAUAUACUGUAAUUAUUUAUUUUUCAAAAGGCAAAUACUGGUUGUAGCAUGUUUAUUUACUGACUGCUGAAAUCUUUCAGUAUCAAAAAUUCUAAACUGGUGCCUAGUGUGGUAGUGCACACCUUUAAUCCUAGCACCCAAGAGGCAGCCCUGACUACAUGGGGAGUUCCAGGACAGCCCGAGCUGUUAUUUUAUGUAUGUGGGCAUUUUGCCUGUGUGUAUGUCUUGAUACCAUGUGUUCAUGCUUGGUGUCCUUGGGACCUGGAUGAAAGUGUGGAAGUGGUGCUAAAGAUGGUUGUGAACUACUGUGUGGGUGCUGGGAAUUGAACCCAGCUUCUCUGGAAGAACAGCCCGUGCUCUUAACCACUGAGCCACCUCUCUAGCCCCGAGACGUAUUGCUCUUGUGCCAGUCUUCCAUUACUGUAUUUUAGAAACAUGUCUAGUGUUAUUUGGUAUUAUAAAUAACGAGAUGAAUAAGCUUGAGUUAUAAAAAUAUAUUCACACCAGUCUAGUCUGCAUGCCUUUAUUAAUCCCAGCCAUCAGAAGGCAGAGGCAGAGGUAGGCGGAUCUCUGUGAGUUCAAGGCCAGCCAGAGAUAUAUGGUGAGAUUCUGUCUCAAAAAUAAAACAAAACUGAGCCUGGUGGUACAUGCCUUUAAUCCCAGCAGUCUGGAGGCAGAGGCAGGUGAGUUUCAGAGUCUGAGGCUAGCCAAGGCUACACAGAGAAACCCAGUUUCUAAAAACCUAACCAAAUUCAAACCAACACCCUCCACUCCCCAUGAACUAGGAGCUCAGCAGUUAAGAGCACUGACCGAUCUUCUAGAGGACUGGGGUUUGUUCAGGUGGCCACGGUUAUCUGUAACCAUUUCCAGAUGAUCCGAUACCCUCUUUUGGCUUCCACAAGCACAUGGUGUACAUACACACAUGAAGGCAAACCAUUUAUACGCAUAAAAUAAAAUAAAUAGAUCUUAAAAGCCAUAACAAGAAGAUAACAUACCCUCUGUUUUACUUAUCUUUUUUAGAGAUGGGGGUCUUGCUGUACAGUCCAGGUUGCCCUCAUACUUUUGACUCUUCUACUUCAGCCUUUGGAUUGAUAGGAUUCUAGGCAGACUCCAUGCUGGUUCAGGAAUAUUUGCACAUCUUUAAGAAAAGUUUUUAGACUUGGAACUGUGGGCUCAAAGGAACAGUUUGAUCCUUUGCUAAAUGUAAAACUUUGUUACAGUAUUUGAGACUUUUCAGCCAGAGAUGAUAGCAUAAAAGAUGUAUAUGCUCCCAGCAUUUGUUAAACAUUGUUAAGCAUUUGUUGUGGGCAUUCUCACUGAAAUUCUAUAAGGCACUUUCUUUGAUCCUUUGAUUUUUGCAAUGUUUUUCUACAGAUUUCUCAGAAUUUGUGCUCUGUUGUGUUGAAGUCACCACCAUAUACCCUGUCCUGGGAUUUCUUUUUAAAUAUAACCCCAUUGUUCCCAGGGAAAAUAUCAUUAUACUAUAUUUAGUGUCUGAUAUCUGACUUGUUAAAAAUGUUUAUUUUGCCUCUUUCCUCUUCUCAGAGGUAACAAAGGAGUCUGCCGAGGUUGGCAGCCUGUUGUUUUGAAGUCUUGUUGGUUUUUUCUGGCAGGCCCACCCAGGUGAAUUGAGCCAGUAAACACCUUUCUUCUGGUAUUUUUAGAAUAACCAAUUGUGGUUUUAUUAAACUGUGGCCUACCUUUAGCUGAUUUGAGUGCUACUGUGUUCACCAUGUUUCGACAGUAGUGGUGUCAGAAACAUUUUUAGAGGAAGUGAUUUCUCCUACUCCUGAGGUUGGGGUUCUGUCAGGAUAUUGUUCUUGAAAUAACUUUUCUUCCCUCCCACUCCUGAUUUUAGUGGUAAGUGAAUCUUGUUUCUGGUCUUUUUCUUAGGUCCUCUUAGUGCCUGGCAGUGAAGCUUUCUUUCGAUUCGUUUUGUGGUUUUAUUUUUAUUUAUUUAUUUUUUUAAAGAUUUAUUUAUUAUGUAUACAGCGUGUACACCUGCAGGCCAGAAGAGGGCACCAGAUCCCAUUACAGAUGGUUGUGAGCCACCAUGUGGUUGCUGGGAAUUGAACUCAGGACUUCUGGAAGAGCAGACAGUGCUCUUAACCACUGAGCCAUCUCUCCAGCCCUGUUUUGUGGUUUUAUAAACUGCUAUAGUGACCUUAAUUUCAGGUGGAGCUUGCAUCUGCAGGGUAGGCGCACCCUAGGAUAGACAUUUUUUCCUUUCUUCCCAGAUGUUUAGAGUUUCUUACCUUGUUGGUUCUUGUGUUAUAUAACCAGUGUGGGAAGGGAAGGAUUCAGGAUUCAACCACUUAUUUCUUCAUGGCAAAAAGAAAGGGAAUGUAAUGGUUUGAAUAAGGAUGGCUCUUCUAUGCUCAUAUAUUGAAGCUUGGUCAUAAGUGAAUAGAACUGUUUAAAAGGAUUAGAAGGAGUAGGAGGUGGGACCUUGAGGAGUGAGUAUGCCCUUAUUGGAGGAAUGUGUUAUUGGAGGUAGGCUUUAAGGUUUCAAAAGCCCAGGACAGGCCCAGUAUCUCUUUCUCUGCCUUAAAGUUGAGAGGAUGUAAACCUCUCAGCUAGUUCUUCAGUGUCAUCCAUUCUAUUGUGCCACCAUGCUCCCUGCCAUGACGAUAAUGGACUAACCUCUGAAACUGAAAGCAAGCCCCCAAUUAAAUGCUUUCUUUUGUCAGAGUUGUCUUGGUCAUGACGUCUCUUCACAGCUAUAGAACAGUGGCUAAGACAGAAACCAAGGAGUAAUUAACUGAUUUGAAGGUCUGUGGCCUUCGAGGAUCUUUUUCAAAGUACUGUUAGGCCCUGUAGUGUAUGUCUAAGGCUCACCAAUAUCUCCUUAGGCCUGUGCUGGGCACAGGGUAGGCCGAGUUCCUUUUACUCUCUUGGCCAGACCUGCACUUGGUUCUCUUUGAAUCCCCCCUUGGCUUAUUCAGUCAGUCUUCUUAAAGCAUGAGGUCUGACCUCUUUUUGUUUUCUCUUCCUCAUCCCUGGAGAAGCAACUUUGGCCCUUGGACAAUAAUUUUCUCAGAGGGCAAACUAAUUUUCUGUUCAGCAAGCCAGAGGACAAGGUGUAACUCAACCCUUCUCAUUCUCAACCAUGCUGCCUUGGAGAGACAAUGAAGAAAGUGAUCUUUGCUACUCUCUGAAUAAGACGCUGAACCUGGCACCUGUUUUUAUUACUGGGCCCUGAAGUCACUGGAGACAUUUUUGCUCUCUCCCUGGGCCAGCAGCUGCUUUGGGAUAGUGGUGGCAGUUGACUCUCGUGGUAUCACUUCUACUGCAAAGAAAACUCAUGUAUUCACACGAGGGAACGUACUGUCUGUCCUUCAACCUCUUGCCUUCACAGUUUGUGUGAGGAGUGAGCAGUCAGAAGUCAUCUGUACCCUUAAGCUGAUGAUACCAUGAUCCUCGUCUUUCACAGGGACAUCGCCUUUGCUUUGUCCUCCCCUCUGUGUCCCCAGCCCCAAGCUAGCACCUGGUUCCUGGUGAGCAUUUAAAGAGAGUGCAUGCGGAAUGAAAGUUGGGACAGACUUGAUAUUCUAGUGCCCUGUGAGAUGAGGGUCUUUGUUUUUAGAAGAAUUCCUUCACAAGAGGUAGAGAAUUUCCAGAGGAGCCUUAGGAAGCUGUGAAGUCCAGGAGGAUGUUCUCUCUUCUUAAGCCUCGAGCUUCCUUUUCAGUCCCAAUUCUGCUGGCACUCCUUCUCCUUUCUUAGGAGCAGUAUCCUGCAGUAUCCAGCAGUAUCACUCAGGGCUUGUGUGUCUCCUGGCUUCUGUCUCCAGCCCACUUGAAGGUAGGGCAAGCCAUUCCCUUUUAAUAGUCACCCCAUUACUUAGAGUCAGGAGCCAGAAGCCAUCAGGACCAUGCCUCGUGCUUUGUAUUCUACACUUCCUGAUCUGGCUGCAUCUAGUCAAGCUCCACUCAGCUGUUAGGUGUUUGUGCCUUUGUAAGGUCUGUGGAAGACAGCAGGCCCUUUUUCCCCUUUGUCAGCAGCUGGCUAGUGAGUGCCUUUGGAUUGCCAGGUCUGAAGCCAUCCACAUUUGUCUGUCUGUGUCUGAAACUUAGGGCAGAAUCUCCCUUGCCACCUGAGCUAACAUCACACUGUACACCUUUGUGAGACUUAGUGGAGGACAGAACAGCCACAGAGUGUGUAGAGGUAUUUGGACCAUGUUCCUUUGAAAUACUCAGUUUCUGGGGAGAAAGGUUCCUGUCUCUAAGAUUGCAACUGGAGUCCAGAGCAUUUCACCCUGACCCUGAAGAGCCUCCACAUGGAACCACUGCUCUCCACUUAUUCCAAACAUCCUUGUUUUUGUUUAAAUUUUAUCUGAUAAAAUUUUGUUAAACAAUUUCAUGGUGCAACACACAGAGGAAAUGACAAAGUACCAUGUGUUGUCUUUUAAAUGCACUCAGUUGAGUGGCUAUUUUAAGUCAGCUGCGUCUGCAGUCAGAUUGCCGUCUGCUCUCUCCUGGAGCGGGGAGGAGUCUCGGAGUAGACUUAGGCCAGAAGAACUCCGCUCUUCUCUGGCUGUUUGAUCCACUUUAUACCUCAUUCAUUUUUGUAUUUAUAUUCAUAUCUCAUUCUGCUAAUUGCUUGAUUAGAUCGCCCCAGGACAUCUUUACCUGAGCGUCAUUGACCCUUCUCCACUCAUAAACAAAAAUUCAAAUAGAGGUGAAUACAUGUGGUUCUGGAUUUUGUUAGUACUAUUGACCAACAAGUAGUAUUUGAAAGCAUGAAAGCUUGGAUUGAUCUAUUAUUCCCCUCAUUUAUGUUAUUUUAGCAGCUAUUACAAUUAUUCUGUUUGACUCUUCCUCUUUUCUUUCUUUCCUUUUUAAAACAUAUUGCAUAUGUGUGACUGCUCUUGAGGGUCAGAGGUCAGAGGCAUCAGAGCCCGUAGCUAUAGGCGGUUGUGAGCUGCUUAAUGUGGUACUGGGAAUGGAGCUGAGGUCUUCAGAAGGACAGUAAGUGCUCUGAGCCAUCGCUCCAGUCCGUGUACCCUAGUCUGUGUAAUGGGGAGCUCUGCAGAGGAUAAUGUUUAGCAAACUGUGAGUUCUACUUUAGAUGGCCGGAAGGCCGUUAGUGGGGCCAGGUUAUCUGGAAAACGUUAUGCCUUAGGAGGGGUGGGGCGGAGCAGAUUUGCCUCUCGUGUGGGUUGUCAGUGAGGUCUUACCCAUCAGUUGUUCCUGAUUUCUAGGAUGCCAAGGUUUUCAUGUUAGCUGAGCAGGAAUAAAUCCAGGUUCAGGCCUGGGAAGCAUAAGUUCUUUUUAUGUUGUCUCAUUGGACUCAUGUGUACCCUUGGAGCAGGUUACUCACCCUGUUUGCUUUGAAUGUGUAAAUGAAACCAUACGGCUGUUUAACAAACAUGUUUUCAAAGAUGAGUCCAGCGUUACAGACAAGCCACUCUGAGUUCCUUACAACAAUAUAAUAGAAACAUGAGGUUUUACCCAGGUGUUUGUAGUAGUGUGCGUAUUUAAUGCUAAGGGCCUGUGACAGUUAGGGUGUCCUCUUCUUAGGCUAGUGAAGGAGAAAGAAUUUUAUAUAACCGCUCACACAUUAUAUCAAUUUUGAAGCAGCUCCAUUGAGUAAAUUGGCACCACACUUUGGAAUGGGCCCAGUGUCCUUGAUUGUGCUUCUAGAAGCAUUUAGGAAAAAAGGCUUGGUAUUUUCAGCUGCCUUCCUCCUGCCUUGGACGGUGUUGAUAAGCAGUCUUCUAUGUUGUGUGGAUGUGUGCUCUCCAAUCUAUAAACAUGGCUUCUAUGAGGAGUGCACAGUUGUUAGUGUUUAUGAAACCUGUUUCUUUACUGUGUAAUAUUUGCCUCAGAGUUUCUGUGGUAUUUUUUUGUAGUGAAUAUGCCCUUUUAAAAGUUUUUUCUCAGAUGUUAAGUAGACCCCUUAACUGGUGUCCUGAAGAGUGUCUAGAAUUCAAGCAGAAUCCCAGCAGAGCCUGGGCUGGGGGCUGGAAGGAAGGAGGCAGAUGAGGUGGCGAACGAUAGGCUGGUGUUGUUAUGGUCUCCUGACUUUUUAGCACAAAGGAGGGGCUAGCUUCUCCUGGGAGGUAUUUCCGCUCACUGCGACAAAUGAGGGUGCACAAAGGACUGUAAUCUAAUGAGGCUUCUCUGGUGAUGUCACUUGUACUCGUGGUCAAAGUCCAGUUCUUGGGAGCUUGUAGUCCGGGAAUAGAGUUCAGUUGGUUUGUUCAUUCUCCAGUCCUCAGCUGUCACUGCACCAUGGUGCCUCCUUCCAGCCACUGAACCAACACUGCCUGGGCCAGGCAUGAACGCCUACAAGUACCAGAAGUUCCUGGAGGGACUCAACAACCUUAGAGAUGAGCGGGACCGGGUGCAAAAGAAAACAUUCACCAAGUGGGUCAACAAGCACUUGAUGAAGGUCCGCAAGCACAUCAAUGAUCUCUAUGAAGACCUUCGGGAUGGACACAACCUGAUCUCUCUGUUAGAGGUCCUCUCGGGCAUCAAACUGGAGCCAGCAGGGCUGAAGACCCUUCGUCUCGUGAGCAUGCCCUCCUGGCGCCAUACAAACAGCGAGGAUCAGGAAGAGGAAGAUGAUGAUGAUGUACCCAGAGAAAAGGGCAGGAUGCGUUUUCACAGGCUGCAGAAUGUGCAGAUUGCCCUGGACUUCCUAAAGCAGCGGCAGGUGAAGCUAGUGAACAUCCGCAAUGAUGACAUCACGGACGGCAAUCCCAAGCUCACCCUGGGCCUCAUCUGGACCAUCAUCUUGCACUUCCAGAUCUCUGACAUCUAUAUUAGUGGGGAGUCAGGGGAUAUGUCAGCCAAAGAGAAGCUACUCUUGUGGACUCAGAAAGUAACAGCUGGUUACACAGGAAUCAAGUGCACCAACUUUUCUUCCUGCUGGAGCGAUGGGAAAAUGUUCAAUGCAUUGAUUCACCGAUACAGACCUGACCUGGUAGAUAUGGAGAGAGUACAAAUCCAGAGUAACCGGGAGAAUCUGGAACAGGCUUUCGAGGUAGCUGAGAGACUUGGUGUCACCCGAUUGCUGGACGCAGAAGAUGUGGAUGUGCCAUCUCCAGAUGAAAAGUCUGUAAUCACUUACGUGUCUUCCAUUUACGAUGCCUUCCCCAAAGUCCCUGAGGGAGGAGAAGGAAUCAGUGCUACGGAAGUGGACUCCAGAUGGCAAGAAUACCAAAGCCGAGUGGACUCACUCAUUCCCUGGAUCAGGCAGCAUACAAUCUUGAUGUCAGAUAAAUCUUUUCCCCAGAACCCUGUUGAACUAAAGGCACUUUAUAACCAAUAUAUACACUUCAAAGAAACGGAAAUUCUGGCCAAGGAGAGAGAAAAAGGAAGAAUCAAAGAGUUAUAUAAGUUAUUAGAGGUGUGGAUUGAAUUUGGCAGAAUUAAGCUGCCUCAAGGCUACCACCCUAAUCAUGUAGAAGAAGAAUGGGGGAAACUCAUCGUUGAAAUGCUAGAGCGAGAGAAAUCCCUGCGGCCGGCUGUGGAGAGGCUAGAAUUGCUGCUGCAGAUUGCAAACAAAAUACAGAAUGGUGCUUUGAACUGUGAAGAAAAACUGACACUAGCUAAGAAUACACUGCAGGCUGAUGCUGCACACCUGGAGUCAGGACAGCCAGUGCAGUGUGAGUCAGAUGUCAUCAUGUACAUUCAGGAGUGUGAGGGUCUCAUCAGGCAGCUGCAGGUGGAUCUCCAGAUCCUACGGGAUGAAAAGUACUAUCAGUUAGAGGAGCUGGCCUUCAGGGUCAUGCGUCUGCAGGAUGAACUGGUCACCCUGCGCUUAGAGUGUACCAAUCUAUACCGGAAAGGCCAUUUCACAUCACUUGAAUUGGUUCCGCCCUCUACUUUAACCACUACUCAUCUGAAAGCAGAACCUCUGAACAAGACGACUCAUUCUUCUUCUACCUCCUGGUUUCGAAAACCUAUGACCCGGACUGAGCUUGUAGCCAUCUCAUCCUCUGAAGACGAGGGCAGUCUCCGAUUCGUAUAUGAACUACUCUCUUGGGUAGAAGAGAUGCAGAUGAAACUGGAGCGAGCAGAGUGGGGAAAUGACCUGCCCAGCGUGGAGCUGCAGUGGGAAACACAGCAGCACAUCCACACCAGUGUGGAAGAGCUGGGCUCAAGCGUCAAGGAGGCCAGGCUGUACGAGGGAAAGAUGUCCCAGAAUUUCCAUACCAGCUAUGUGGAGACUCUUGGAAAGUUGGAGACACAGUAUUGUAAGUUGAAGGAGACUUCUAGCUUCCGAAUGAGGCACCUUCAGAGCCUACACAAAUUUGUUUCCAAAGCCACAGCUGAACUGAUCUGGCUGAAUGGGAAGGAGGAAGAAGAGCUAGCAUGUGAUUGGAGUGACAGUAAUCCCAAUAUCUCAGCCAAGAAAGCCUACUUCUCUGAGUUGACAAUGGAGCUGGAAGGGAAACAAGAUGUAUUUCGUUCUCUACAAGAUACAGCAGAACUGUUGUCACUUGAGAACCACCCUGCUAAGCAAACUGUGGAGGCAUAUAGUGCUGCCGUCCAGUCCCAGUUGCAGUGGAUGAAGCAGCUGUGCCUAUGUGUUGAACAACAUAUAAAAGAGAAUGCAGCUUACUUCCAGUUCUUCAGCGAUGCUCGAGACCUGGAGUCAUUUCUGAGAAACCUACAAGACUCCAUCAAACGAAAAUAUACCUGCGACCACAACACCAGUCUGUCCCGCCUUGAGGAUCUGCUACAGGACUCCAUGGAUGAAAAGGAGCAGCUUAUACAGUCCAAGAGUUCCGUUGCCAGUCUUGUUGGGAGAUCAAAAACCAUUGUUCAGCUAAAGCCACGCAAUCCAGACCAUGUGUUGAAGAGCACUUUAUCUGUGAAGGCCAUCUGUGACUACCGACAGAUUGAGAUCACUAUUUGCAAAAAUGAUGAAUGUGUGCUGGAAGAUAAUUCUCAGCGGACCAAAUGGAAGGUGAUCAGUCCUACAGGGAACGAGGCCAUGGUGCCGUCAGUCUGCCUGCUCAUUCCCCCACCAAAUACGGAGGCCAUUGACGUGGCCAGCAGGGUGGAACAGUCUUACCAGAAGGUGAUGGCCCUUUGGCACCAGCUACACAUUAACACCAAAAGCCUUAUCUCCUGGAACUACUUGCGGAAGGAUAUUGAUGCCGUACAGACCUGGAACUUAGAAAAGCUUCGUUCCUCAGCCCCAGGAGAGUGCCAUCAGGUUAUGAAGAACCUCCAGGCACACUAUGAAGACUUUCUCCAGGACAGUCAUGACUCUGCUCUCUUUUCUGUGGCCGAUCGCUUGCGAAUAGAGGAGGAGGUGGAAGCUUGUAAAACCCACUUCCAGCAGCUGAUGGAAUCAAUGGAGAAUGAGGACAAAGAAGAGACUUUGGCAAAGGUAUACAUCUCAGAGCUGAAGAAUAUCCGACUUCGCCUGGAGGAAUGUGAGCAGAGGCUGCUCAAACAAAUUCAGUCUUCAGCCAGCUCUAAGACUGACAGAGAUGCCAGGCAGGACGUCGCAUUGAGGAUUGCAGAGCAGGAGCACGUGCAGGAGGAUUUGAAGCAUUUGAGAUCUGACCUGGAUGCUGUUUCUGUGAAAUGCACCACCUUUCUCCAGCAGUCUCCAUCAGGCUCGAGUGCCACAACUCUGCGCUCCGAGCUGAACCUAAUGGUCGAGAAGAUGGACCAUGUCUAUGGUCUGUCUAUUGUCUGUCUGAAUAAGUUAAAGACAAUUGAUGUUAUAGUACGCAGCAUACAGGAUGCUGAACUGUUGGUCAAAGGUUAUGAGAUCAAGCUGAGUCAAGAAGAAGCGGUGCCAGCAGACCUCUCAGCUCUGGAGUCCCAUCGAACCACAUUACAGCACUGGCUUAGUGAUGUGAAAGACAAGAAUUCAGUAUUCUCAGUCCUGGAUGAGGAAAUCUCUAAGGCCAAGGCAGUGGCAGAACAGCUCCAUCACCGAGCAGCAGAGCCGAACUUGGAUUUGGAGCGUUAUCAGGAGAAAGGCUCGCAGCUUCAGGAGCGAUGGCACCGUGUCAUUGCCCAGCUGGAGACCCGGCAGUCGGAGGUAGAAAGUAUCCAGGAAGUUCUGAGAGAUUACCGAGCCUGCCAUGGGACUCUCAUCAAGUGGAUUGAGGAAACCACUGCCCAGCAGGAAAUGAUGAAGCCGGGCCAGGCAGAGGAUAGCAGAGUGCUGUCUGAGCAGCUUAGUCAGCAGACGGAACUGUUUGCUGAGAUUGAGAGAAAUCAGACAAAACUGGACCAAUGUCAAAAACUUUCCCAGCAGUACUCCACUACUGUAAAGGACUAUGAGUUGCAGCUUAUGACGUACAAGGCCUUCGUGGAGUCACAGCAGAAAUCUCCGGGCAAGCGCCGUCGCAUGAUUUCCUCUUCAGAUGCCAUCACACAGGAGUUCAUGGACUUGAGGACUCGAUACACAGCUUUGGUGACAUUAACGACUCAGCAUGUAAAAUAUAUCAGUGAUGCUCUCCGGCGGUUGGAAGAAGAAGAGAAAGUGGUAGAAGAGGAAAAACAAGAACAUGUGGAGAAGGUUAAAGACCUUUUGGGUUGGGUGUCUACUCUGGCGAGAAAUACACAAGGAACAACUACCUCAUCUCGCACUAGUGCAUCCACAGACAUUGAGAAGGCCAUUUUGGAACAGCAGGUUCUGGCAGAAGAGCUGACAACCAAGAAAGAACAAGUUUCUGAGGCCAUUAAAACGUCACAAAUCUUCUUAGCCAAGCAUGGUCAUAAGCUUUCAGAAAGAGAGAAGGAACAGAUCUCUGAGCAGUUGUGUGCCUUGAACAAGACUUACCAUGAUCUUUGUGAUGGUUCUGCAAACCAACUCCAGCAGCUCCAGAGCGAGCUGGCUCAGCAGACAGAACAAAAGGGUUGCAGAGCAGUUGCUGGGGUGAUUGACCUAGGCACAGUGGAGAUAUUCCCCAUCUUCAGAGCCAUGCAAAAGGGCCUCAUUGACCAAGACACAGGCCUUGUGCUCCUGGAAUCCCAGGUUAUCAUGUCUGGCCUCAUUGCUCCUGAGAACAGUGAAAAGCUCUCUUUGGAAGAGGGCCUCACCAGAAAUCUCAUUAGCCUUCCAAUGUACCAACACCUCCUAGGACUAAGGGAUUCUCUGUCUUUAAUAAGUAGUCUUACAGGGACCCAAGGCUCCCUUUCUGUGGUGGAAGCAAUUGAAAAGAAAAUAGUCAGUGAGAGAUUUGGACUGAAAGUCUUAGAAGUUCACCUGGCAACUGGAGGUUUCAGUCUCCCACCAAGUGAGAACUAUAUUAAUCUGGAAGAAGCUUUUCAUCAAGGCUUCAUUGCAUCAUGGCUUCAUUCAGAAUUACAGUCUCACCUGAGAACAUCCAAGAAUUUGAUAGACCCCAACACAGCCGAAAAAGUUGGCUUGCUGGAACUGAUGCAGCGAUGUAUCAGCCAUCAAGAGUCAGGGUUAAAAUUGUUGCCUGUCAAGCAGUUGGCAGGGGGAAUGGUUAGCUUGAAAUCAGGUGGGAAAGUUAGCAUUUUCCGUGCUGUUCAGGAAGGGCUGAUAGAUAGGCAGGUCACUGUCCGGUUACUGGAAGCUCAGCUGUUUGCUGGUGGCAUAGUGGAUCCAAGAACAGGACACAGACUUACAGCGGAAGAGGCUGUGAGACAUAAUUUGAUUGACCAAGAUAUGGCCUGUGCUAUUCUUAUAAGGCAGCUUCAGACAGGAGGCAUCAUUGACACCGCCACAGGAGAAAGAAUGACUAUUGACGAAGCAGUGACCAAUAAUCUAGUAGCUGCUAAGAUUGCUCUUGUAAUUCUGGAAUCCCUCUGGUCAUUUAUGGGGUUACUGUUGCCUGAAUCUGGAGAGAUCCUCCCAAUUACAGAUGCUCUAGAACAAGGUAUUGUGUCUAAUGAAUUAGCACAUAAAAUCCUCCAUAACCGACAGCAAAUUGAGGCUCUUUUUCUACCAACAAUCACAGAGGUUUGGUCCUGGGAAAAAGCAACAGAGAGUGGUAUCCUAGAUAAAGAUCUUGCCAAUAACUUAAGGUCAGUCUGUAUCCCUGACAUGAGGCCCCACAUACAACUAGCAGACUCUGCAGAGCAAAGCAAAGUAGGCGUUGCUGCUGGGAAACCACCUCUGUCGUGCCAAAGAGAGGGAAGAACCAGCCGUGAAGAGAAGCUGCUGUUUCAGCUGAUGACUCACAGCUACAUUAAUGCACACACUGGACAGAGGCUGCUUCUACUGGAUCAAGAGCUGGUGGAGAUGCUAACAUCCAGAGAUGAGUAUCAAGUAGGUCUUCCAGAAGUAUUUGAAAUUCAGCCUCAAAGACUCGACACUUCUAAGGAUUUACAAGAAUUGGAUCCUGGGACUAUCUCCCAAAUUUCCAGUGCUAGGAAGCCCUGUGAAUCCCAGUUUCCUUCUCAGAGCAAGGGCUAUCCCAGUCAGGAAAACUGUACUCAAGCAAAAGGUGAGAGGUCUGUCAUAGGAAGAGAGUGCUCUUCUGCAGAGAGUCCUGAAAGGGAGCUGUUUGUGGGAGAACAAGGAGCCAUUACUGAAAAUGUUGGCAGUUUGAAGGUCAUCAAUAAAGUCAAAUUAGAGCUACAAAGUCCAUUGUUAGGAAGUAGAAAGGAAGAGCAAACAGAAAUGUUUAGCGAGGAAAAUGUCAGCAGUGAUCCCCUCCUUGUAGAAUGUCCUGAGGGAUCUGAAGAUAUGUCCUUGGUGCUUGACAAGGACCUUUCUACUGAGAAGUCAAAAUGCCAAGCUCCCACAAAGUCUUCAUUUACACGUCACAAAGAACAAGUGAAGACUGUCAAAGCUGACCAUAUUCCAAGUGAAACUGGAAUACCACUCACAAAGUCUCAAAAUAAAACUUCACAAGUUCAGGUAGAUGCUUCUGUAAGUUUGAAAUCAGAAUUUAAGUCAGAAUACGAUGAGAAAGAGUUAAAUGAAACACUUUUGGUUAAGGGUAGCCACAAACAAAGCCAAGAAGGACAGAGUGUUCCAGAUGGUCAGAUGGUGGUUUUAGAAAAGGCUGAUACAGAAGAUAAUGGUGAUGAGCCUUCCUUGUUGUGUAGUUCUCCUUUUGAAGAUGCUACCUUAAGUACAUUAUCUGCACAGCUACAGGAUGGUGGUAUCUUUCAUGAAGAAACAGGUCAGAAACUCUUACUAAAUGAAGCAAUAGCCCAAGGCCUUGUGUCUAGCCAUACUGCUGUGAAACUUAUGGGGAAAUUGAACAUGUUUCGGGGCUUCUUCGACUCCCAGACAUGUGAAUCUUUGACAACUGAAGAAGUCAUUGACGAAGGUCUAAUGGACGAGAAAUUAUUAUGUAAUGUCCUUAUGUCAGACAAAGCUAUAAGUGGUAUCUUAGACCCUAGGACCCACUCACUGUGCUCUGUACAGGAGGCUGUAGCAGCUGGACUUCUUGACAAGGAGACAGCCACAAGAAUUUUAGAGGGACAGGUGAUAACUGGUGGAAUUGUUGACCUGAAACGAGGCAAAAGGCUUUCAGUAACUUUGGCCUCAAAUCUUGGUUUGGUAGACACUACUGACCAGACAGAACUUAUCAAUCUGGAAAAGGCUACCAAAGGCAGAGGUGCUGAAAAGGCGGUUAAAGAGAGAUUAAUUGGGCUACAGAUGGAAACAACAGGACUUCUGGACCCUGAAAGUAAAGCACCAUUAACAGUCUUGCAGUCCAUUGAUAGAGGUCUUAUAGAGAGAGAAGAAGCUAUUUAUCAGUUGACUAAGCAAGUACUUGAUGGUGGUAUCAUUCAUCAUAUAUCUGGCUUGAGACUCUCUGUUGAUAAUGCCUUUAAACAUGGCAUGAUUGGUGAAGAUGUAGCCAGGCAGCUCAGAAAAGUUGAGAACUUUAACCACCAUCAAUUUUUUCAUCCUCAAACAAAGGAAGCUCUUUCCUUCUCAGAAGCCAUAAAAUUAGAUCUUGUUUCUCCAGACUUGAAAAGAGAAAUCCAAGAGAUUCUGGACUUUAGUGAAAACUUGGGGGAUCUCAUUUAUGGCCAGAAAUUGACCUCGGUAAAAGCUAACAAAGAAGAAUCCUUAGCUAAUAAAACAGCAUUGCCUUCGAGAGUGAUACAUGGGGUUAUAGAUCCUGAGAGCUGCACAACAAUUCCCUACUCAGAAUUGGUAAAGAAAUGUAGGAUUGACAUUGAAUCUGGAUGGAGAUAUCUCGAAGUAAUUCCACUCUCUGAUAUUAAAGAUGAGAUGAGCAACAAAGUGCUAACACCAUCUGAAGCAAUUCAGCGUGGAAAAGUAGACUUUGGGUCUAUGUUGAAGGUUUUGGAAGCUCAGGCGAACACUGGUGGAAUCAUAGAUAUGGCCACAGGAAAAAGAGUGACAUUGGCAUCAGCUUUAGAACAGAAACUCAUAGAUGAAAACAUGGCCAGGAUUAUUGCAUCCCAUCAAGUGUUAACUGGAGGAAUUAUUGAUAUAUAUAAUGAUCAAAGAGUGACUUUAAAUGAUGCUGUUGAGAAAAGGUUGAUUAGCCCUGAACUGGCAACUAUGAUCCAAGCAGAUACCUUAGGAAAGCAAGGUGGGACUGGAGUAUGUGAAUUAAAGGGUGAAUUUCUAAGAAAUGAGUUUAGGAAGGCCACCAGGGAGAGUUAUGAUAAAGAGAAACAUGAGGGAGUGUUACAAGUUGGAAGUCAGUGUGCUCAAGAAAAGGCUAACGUAAGGGUUUCUUAUGGGGUAAAGGUAGGAAAGGGCAAGAAGAUUUCAGUAGAGAUGGAAGGCCAGCGUCAAGACGAGGAGAAGGCUUCUUCAGACAAUGAAGUAUCUGCCAGCAUCGUAAGUCCUGGUGGUCUUGAGGGUGAAUCUACACACCAAGUUUUGGUGACGCAUCCCUGCUCAGGAUCUUCUGAUUUGAAACUCAUAGAGGAAGCCAGGAGUCCAGAGGUAGAGCAGGAGGAAGCAGUAGCACGAAUGAAGAUGACUCCUCACGUAAAUCGGUCAACCCCAGGCCUGGAUGCUGGAGAAGCAAGAGACUGUCCAGGGAGAGUGGGUUCGAAAGGACAAGAAUCUAAGCAUGAACCAGCAGGCAAACUGUCGAGUGUGCAGGCAGCGAAUGUGGAAGUUGGUAGGAGAGGAAGGAGAGAGACGGGUGGAGAGGAAAGAGUCCAAACAAACAAAGUGGCAGCAGGUCCUUCUGAGGAAGAGUUGGACCAGGAAGUUACAAUUGGUGACGAACAUGGCUCCUUUGUAAAGAGCCAGCCUAUGAAGACAAUUGGAAAUGACAGGGGAAAAGAAGGUGGUAGAGAAAAGGACUUUUCUCUUGUUUGUAAAACCGAAGGCUUCCCUUCCCAGAUGACAUUCAAAGAUGCUUCCCUAGAAAAUCAAAAUGCUUUGAUGUUCUUCAGCGAAGGGGAAACGAAAACUGUCAACCUCUGCUCGAUUUUAAAACAAAGAGAAAAGUUAUCUCAAGAAACUGCUAGUAUUGUCCAGAAGGAACCAUUCUCUUCUGAGAUUCCAAGACCUGAAAGACUGAACUCCCAGGAAUCAGAUGGAGAAUCCCAUAUUUCUGACAUGCCCUGCAUUUCCAAAGGUCCCAUGGCUGCCCAAAUUACCACAAGACAGGAGACUACUGAUGAACAAGACCUGAGUAUUACAUCUAAGACUGCAGAGACCAAAGAUAGGAUUUUCCCAUCCAAAAAUUAUAAAGAAAAGUUACUUCAAGAAAUACCUAUGGACUCAACAAGAGCCCAUAAACUGAAAGAAAGCACAGUUUCCACUCUAGACACGGAAGGACUCGGUUAUCUAGAUUCCUCAGAUAUAAAGGCUCUUCAUGAGGAUAGCAGAGCAGAUCGUGAGUUUAGUGGACAUCAGAAAUCAAAAAUAACAACAACCCAGGAAGUAAAAUUUCUAGAAGUGGUAAAUCCCCUAGUUAGAGACGCAGAAGGUCACAGAGGGUCCUCUAAGGACAGAGUGGCUCAAAGAGGACCCAGAACCUUGGCAUCUCUUCUUCCGGAGAAACUGCCCGCAGGGACAGCACAGAGUGAGAAUACAAAGCAGCAUGACACAGUCAUUAUUGCCACCACUCCCGAAAUGAGGGAGGAGAUGCCACUGUCCCUGCCAUGUUCUCCAUUGAAGGUGGAUGAGCAGAUACCUAAGGAGAAGCACAAAGAGCUCCCUGGAGAUGAGCGAGCCUCCUGCAUGGCUACACCUAGUGGGAAGGGGAGUGAGGGUGUAAAGCCAGCACCUUGCAGAGCAACUCAGAAUGUGUUUACCCGGAGACUUUGUUUAGAACAUGAUGAGAAAUUGGUCUCCUAUCUGUCCCUGUUACGGGACAUUGAAAUGAGAACCAAACAGAUUCAACCUUUGGAACUUAGUGUGGCAGAGCUGCAAGAUCUGCUGGGUCAGGCCAAGGUAUUAGACAGGGAAUUAAAAGAUCUGUCUACCGUGGUAAGUCAGGAAUUGGAAUGUGUGGAUCAGAUUGUUAUCAGUCAGCCACAAGAAGUUCCUGCUCAGCUGUUGAAGGCGUUAGAGAAGGAUGCCAAGAAUCUUCAGAAGUCUCUAGGCUCUGUUCGUGACUCCUGGAGCUCCAGAUCCCUCCAUCUGCACAAUGCAGUGGAAGUGAAAAAGACCACAGUGUUAAAUUGGCACAAGGAGCUAGAAGGCAAACUUCAAGAUCUGAAAGCCUGGGUUGACAGAACCAGUCUUACUCUGCAUAGCAAGGGAUGUGACACUCAAACUGAUGCUGACAGCCUGAGUCCCACUCUCCAGGGAUAUGAGGAUAUGAAACAGUCUGUAGCCGAAAGGAAGUCUCAGCUGGAUGCCCUGGCUUUGGAUACUCAGCUCUUUAUUUCUGAGCACCCACAGGGCUUGUCUCUUCAGCAGAAUCAGCAAAUGCUGCAGUUUCUGAGUGAAUUACAGACGUCUUUCCAGGGCCUUGUGGAACACACUGCAGCUCAGAAGGAUGUGGUGCAGGGCCAUCUCCAGCAAGUCCAGCAAGAAGUUCAGGUCAAGACUCUGCAGAAGCAACAAGACACGUGUCAUAAGAAGCUGGAGGAUCUCCGCAGCUGGGUCAGACAGGCAGAAAGGGCACUGGAGAGGCACCGGGGCAGGGCCUCUCAACAAGAGCUUUCUGCUCUGCAGCAGAACCAAAGUGACUUGAAGGAUUUGCAAGGUGACAUUCAGAAUCACUCCACCUCAUUUGCCACUGCUGUCAAAGACAUUGAAGGGUUCCUAGAAGAGAACCAGAACAAGCUGAGCCCUCAGGAGCUGACAGCUCUUCGAGAAAAACUUUAUCAAGCAAAGGAGCAAUAUGAGGGUCUCCAGGAUCGCACACGGGAGGCUCAGAAGGAGCUGGAGGAAGCAGUGACGUCAGCCUUACAGCAGGAGACAGAGAAGAGUAAAGCAGCGACAGAGCUGGCAGAGAACAGAAGGAAGAUCGACGCUCUCUUGGACUGGGUGACUUCUGUGGGGUCAUCUGAUAGACAGCCACAGACUAGCCUUCCAGGAACGGAGCAGUUCUCUGGAGCUUGCCUGGAAAAACAAACCUUAGAUGCAACAGAUGGUUGUGUGGAUGUAAACCAAGUACCAGAGAAACUGGACAGGCAGUAUGAGUUAAUGAAGGCACGUCACCAAGAAUUGCUGUCUCAGCAGCAGAAUUUCAUUGUGGCUACCCAGUCAGCUCAGUCCUUCCUGGACCAACACAGUCACAAUCUUACACCUGAGGAGCGACAGAUGCUUCAGGAGAAGCUAGGUGAGCUUAAGGAGCAAUAUGCAGCUUCCCUGGCCCAGUCAGAGGCAAAGCUGAGGCAGACGCAGACUCUACGAGAUGAACUGCAGAAGUUCCUGCAAGACCACAGGGAAUUUGAAAACUGGCUAGAACGAUCUGAGAAUGAACUGGAUGGUAUGCAUACGGGAGGCAGCAGCCCUGAAGCUCUGAACUCCUUGCUUAAGCGGCAAGGAAGCUUCUCAGAGGAUGUCAUUUCCCACAAAGGAGACUUGAGAUUUGUGACUAUCUCAGGACAGAAAGUCUUAGAAACAGAAAACAAUUUUGAGGAAGGCCAGGAGCCGUCACCCACCAGAAACUUAGUGAAUGAAAAACUGAAGGAUGCAACAGAAAGAUACACCACUCUCCAUUCUAAGUGUACACGAUUGGGCUCUCACCUGAACAUGCUGCUAGGCCAGUAUCAGCAAUUCCAGAGCAGCGCUGACAGCCUGCAGGCCUGGAUGUUGACUUGUGAGGCCAGUGUGGAGAAGCUCCUCUCAGAUACUGUUGCCUCUGACCCCGGGAUCCUUCAGCAACAGCUCGCAACCACAAAGCAGUUACAGGAAGAAUUGGCUGAACACCAAGUACCUGUAGAAAAGCUUCAAAAAGCAGCUCAUGACCUAAUGGACAUUGAAGGAGAGCCAUCCCUGGACUGUACGCCUAUUCGAGAAACUACAGAGUCCAUAUUCAGCCGCUUCCAGAGCCUCUCUUGUAGCUUAGCUGAGCGGUCUGCUUUGCUGCAGAAGGCAAUUGCUCAGUCUCAGAGUGUUCAGGAAAGUAUGGAGAGCCUCCUGCAGUCCAUGAAGGAAGUUGAGCAAAACCUGGAAGGGGAGCAGGUGGCAGCACUCUCAUCAGGACUCAUCCAAGAGGCCUUGGCCAACAACAUGAAACUAAAGCAAGACAUUGCUAGGCAAAAAAGCAGCUUGGAAGCCACCCGUGAGAUGGUCACUCGAUUCAUGGAGACCGCUGACGGCAACUCGGCCGCAGUGCUGCAGGACAGACUGGCAGAGCUGAGCCAGCGAUUCCAUCGGCUGCAGCUCCAGCAGCAAGAAAAGGAAAGCGGCCUGAAGAAGCUCCUGCCCCAGGCCGAGACAUUCGAGCAGCUCUCCAGCAAGCUGCAGCAGUUCGUGGAACACAAAAACCGACUGCUGGCCUCAGGGAACCAGCCAGAUCAAGACAUUGCACAUUUCUCCCAGCACAUCCAGGAACUCACAUUGGAAAUGGAAGACCAAAAGGAAAACCUAGGUACUCUCGAGCACCUAGUUACUGCGCUGGGCUCUUGUGGCUUUGCACUGGAUCUGUCUCAGCACCAAGAAAAGAUACAGAACCUUAAGAAGGAUUUUACAGAGUUGCAGAAGACAGUUCAAGAAAGAGAGAAAGAUGCAUCAAAUUGCCAGGAACAAUUGGAUGAAUUCCGGAAACUGAUUAGAACCUUCCAGAAAUGGCUGAAAGAAACUGAAGGAAACGUUCCACCUGCAGAGACUUUCGUGAGUGCUAAGGAAUUAGAGAAGCAGAUUGAACACUUGAAGGGUCUCCUAGAUGACUGGGCAGGUAAAGGAGUGCUGGUGGAGGAGAUCAACACCAAGGGCACUGCCUUAGAAAGUCUCAUCAUGGACAUCACAGCGCCUGAUUCCCAGGCUAAGACAGGUUCCGUACUACCCUCUGUAGGAAGCUCUGUAGGCAGUGUAAACGGAUACCACACCUGCAAAGAUCUUACAGAGAUUCAAUGUGACAUGUCUGAUGUAAAUUCCAAGUAUGAUAAACUGGGAGACGCGCUGCGGGAACGCCAGGAAAGCCUUCAGACUGUCCUCAGCAGAAUGGAGGAGGUCCAGAAGGAGGCGAGCUCUGUAUUACAGUGGUUAGAAUCAAAAGAAGAAGUUCUGAAAGGCAUGGAUGCCUCUUUGUCUCCAACCAAGACAGAAACAGUAAAAGCCCAAGCAGAAUCUAAUAAGGCUUUCCUGGCUGAAUUGGAGCAGAAUUCCCCCAAAAUCCAGAAAGUAAAGGAAGCCCUGGCUGGAUUACUGGAAGCAUAUCCCAAUUCACAAGAAGCAGAAAACUGGAGGAAAAUGCAAGAGGACCUCAAUUCCCGAUGGGAAAAGGCCACCGAGGUUACUGUGGCUCGCCAAAAGCAGCUAGAGGAAUCUGCAAGCCAUCUGGCCUGCUUCCAGGCUGCAGAGUCCCAGCUCCGCCCUUGGCUGAUGGAAAAGGAGCUGAUGAUGGGAGUUCUUGGUCCCCUGUCUAUUGACCCCAACAUGUUGAAUGCCCAGAAGCAGCAGGUCCAGUUUAUGCUGAAGGAAUUUGAAGCACGAAGGCAGCAGCAUGAGCAGCUGACUGAGGCAGCUCAGGGCAUCCUCACGGGUCCUGGAGAUGUGUCUCCCUCUGCCAGCCAAGUACACAAAGAUCUGCAAAGCAUCAGUCAGAAGUGGGUUGAGCUCACCGACAAGCUUAACUCCCGUUCCACCCAAAUUGACCAAGCUAUUGUUAAAAGUACCCAAUACCAAGACUUGCUCCAGGACUUAUCAGAAAAGGUGAAGGCAGUUGGACAGCGACUGAGUGGCCAGUCAGCCAUCAGCACCCAACCUGAUGCUGUGAAGCAGCAGCUAGAGGAGACCAGUGAGAUUCGGUCUGACUUGGGACAACUAGACGAUGAGAUGAAGGAGGCUCAGACGCUGUGCCAAGAACUCUCACUGCUCAUUGGCGAGCAGUACCUCAAGGAUGAGCUGAAGAAACGUUUGGAGACAGUUGCCCUGCCACUCCAAGGCUUAGAAGACCUCGCAGCUGACCGCAUGAACAGACUCCAGGCAGCUCUUGCCAGCACCCAGCAAUUCCAGCAAAUGUUUGAUGAGCUGAGGACCUGGUUAGAUGAAAAACAAAGUCAGCAAGCAAAAAACUGCCCAAUUUCUGCAAAAUUGGAAAGGCUCCAGUCUCAGCUACAAGAGAAUGAAGAGUUUCAGAAGAACCUUAAUCAGCACAGUGGUUCCUAUGAGGUGAUCGUGGCUGAGGGGGAGUCUCUGCUGCUUUCUGUGCCCCCUGGAGAAGAGAAAAAGACUUUACAAAACCAACUGGUUGAACUCAAAAGCCAUUGGGAAGAUCUUAAUAAAAAAACUGUAGACAGACAGUCUAGGCUCAAGGACUGUAUGCAGAAAGCUCAGAAGUAUCAGUGGCAUGUGGAAGACCUUGUGCCCUGGAUAAAAGAUUGCAAGUCCAAGAUGUCUGAGUUGCAGGUUACCCUGGAUCCAGUACAACUAGAGUCUAGCCUCUUAAGGUCAAAGGCUAUGCUGAAUGAGGCAGAGAAGCGCCGCUCCCUGCUGGAAAUACUGAAUAGUGCUGCUGACAUUCUUAUCAAUUCUUCAGAAAUUGAUGAAGAUGAGAUCCGAGAUGAGAAGGCUGGACUCAACCAGAACAUGGAUGCCAUUACUGAGGAGCUGCAGGCCAAAACAGGCUCUCUAGAAGAAAUGACUCAGAGGCUCAAGGAGUUCCAGGAAAGCUUUAAGAACAUUGAAAAGAAAGUUGAAGGAGCCAAACACCAGCUUGAAAUCUUUGAUGCCUUGGGCUCUCAAGCCUGUAGUAACAAGAAUCUGGAGAAGCUAAAGGCUCAGCGAGAAGUGCUGCAGGCCUUGGACCCUCAGGUAGACUAUCUGCGGGACUUCACUCGGGGACUCGUAGAGGAUGCCCCAGAUGGAUCUGAUGCUUCCCCACUCGUGCACCAAGCUGAGCUUGCACAGCAGGAGUUCUUAGAAGUGAAGCAAAGAGUGAACAGUAGCUGCCUGACCAUGGAGAACAAGCUAGAGGGGAUCGGGCAGUUUCACUGUCGAGUCCGAGAAAUGUUUUCUCAAUUGGCUGACCUGGAUGAUGAGCUAGAUGGCAUGGGAGCCAUUGGUAGAGACACAGAUAGCCUCCAGUCACAAAUUGAGGACAUACGGCUAUUCCUUAACAAAAUCCAAGCCCUCAGGCUUGACAUAGAGGACUCUGAAGCAGAGUGUCGAAAAAUGUUGGAGGAAGAGGGGACUUUAGACUUACUGGGUCUCAAGAGGGAGCUAGAAGCCCUUAACAAGCAGUGUGGUAAACUGACAGAGCGAGGGAAAGCUCGCCAGGAGCAGCUAGAGCUGACGCUGGGCCGAGUAGAGGACUUCUACAGUAAACUGAAAGCGCUCAAUGAUGCUGCCACUGCUGCAGAGGAGGGAGAAGCUCUUCAGUGGAUUGUGGGGACUGAAGUCGAUGUCAUCAACCAGCAACUAGCAGAUUUCAAAAUGUUUCAGAAAGAACAAGUGGAUCCUCUUCAGGUGAAAUUGCAGCAGGUGAAUGGACUUGGCCAGGGAUUAAUUCAGAGUGCGGGAAAAACCUGUGAUGUGCAGGGUUUAGAACAUGACAUGGAAGAGGUCAAUACUCGAUGGAAUACACUGAAUAAAAAGGUUGCACAAAGAAUUGCACAACUGCAGGAGGCUUUGUUACAUUGUGGGAAAUUUCAAGAUGCCUUAGAGCCAUUGCUCAGCUGGUUGACAGACACCGAGGAGCUCAUAGCCAAUCAGAAGCCUCCAUCUGCCGAGUAUAAAGUGGUGAAAGCCCAGAUCCAAGAACAGAAGUUGCUCCAGCGACUCCUAGAUGAUCGCAAGGCCACAGUGGAUAUGCUUCAAGCAGAAGGAGGCAGAAUAGCCCAGGCUGCUGAACUGGCUGAUAGAGAGAAAAUCACUGGGCAGCUGGAAAGCCUUGAAUGUAGAUGGACUGAGCUCCUCAGCAAGGCAGCAGCCAGGCAAAAGCAGCUGGAGGAUAUCUUGGUUCUGGCUAAACAAUUCCACGAGACAGCUGAGCCUAUUUCUGACUUCCUAUCUGUCACAGAGAAAAAGCUUGCUAACUCGGAACCUGUUGGCACUCAAACUGCCAAAAUACACCAGCAGAUUAUUCGUCACAAGGCUCUAGAGGAAGAAAUAGAAAACCAUGCAGCAGAUGUGCAGCAGGCAGUUAAAAUCGGGCAGUCCCUCUCCUCCCUGAUAUGUCCAGCAGAACAGGGCAUCAUGUCAGAAAAGCUAGACUCAUUGCAGGCCCGAUACAGUGAAAUUCAAGACCGGUGCUGUCGGAAAGCAUCCCUGCUUGAGCAGGCGCUGUUCAAUGCUAGACUGUUCGGGGAGGAUGAGGUGGAGGUGCUCAAUUGGCUGGCUGAGGUUGAGGACAAGCUCAGUGCAGUGUUCGUAAAGGAUUACAGACAGGAUGUCCUGCAGAAACAGCAUGCCGACCACCUGGCUUUAAAUGAAGAGAUUAUUAAUAGAAAGAAGAAUGUAGAUCAAGCUAUUAAAAAUGGUCAGGCUCUUCUAAAACAAACUACAGGUGAGGAGGUGUUACUUAUCCAGGAGAAGCUGGAUGGAAUAAAGACCCGUUAUGCAGACAUCACUGUCACUAGCUCCAAGGCCCUCAGAACUUUAGAACAAGCCCGGCAGCUGGCCACCAAGUUCCAUUCUACAUAUGAGGAACUGACUGGGUGGCUGAGGGAGGUGGAGGAGGAGCUGGCGGCCAGUGGAGGACAGUCUCCCACAGGGGAGCAGAUACCCCAGUUUCAGCAAAGGCAGAAGGAACUGAAGAAGGAGGUCAUGGAGCACAGGCUGGUGUUGGACACCGUGAAUGAGGUGAGCCAUGCGCUCCUAGAGCUGGUGCCUUGGAGAGCCAGAGAAGGACUGGAUAAACUUGUGUCUGAUGCCAACGAGCAGUACAAACUGGUCAGUGACACCGUUGGACAAAGGGUAGAUGAAAUUGAUGCUGCUAUUCAGAGAUCACAACAGUACGAGCAAGCUGCUGAUGCAGAACUAGCUUGGGUUGCUGAAACAAAGCGAAAGCUAAUGGCGCUUGGUCCAAUUCGUCUAGAACAAGACCAGACUACUGCUCAGCUGCAGGUACAAAAGGCUUUCUCCAUUGACAUCAUUCGACACAAAGACUCCAUGGAUGAGCUCUUCAGUCACCGUGGAGAGAUCUUUAGCACAUGUGGGGAGGAGCAGAAGGCUGUGCUGCAGGAGAAGACCGAGUGCCUAAUACAGCAAUAUGAAGCCGUUAGCCUGCUUAACUCAGAGCGCUAUGCUCGCCUAGAGCGAGCACAGGUCUUAGUGAACCAGUUUUGGGAAACGUACGAAGAGCUCAGCCCCUGGGCUGAGGAGACCCUAGCGUUGAUAGCACAGCUGCCGCCUCCUGCUGUGGACCAUGAGCAGCUCAGACAGCAGCAGGAAGAGAUGAGGCAACUAAGGGAAUCCAUUGCUGAACACAAACCUCAUAUUGAUAAGAUACUAAAGAUAGGUCCACAACUGAAGGAGCUAAACCCUGAAGAAGGGAAAAUGGUUGAAGAAAAAUACCAGAAAGCAGAAAACAUGUAUGCCCAAAUAAAAGAUGAGGUUCGCCAACGGGCCCUGGCUCUGGAUGAGGCUGUGUCCCAGUCUGCUCAGUUUCAUGAUAAAAUUGAACCCAUGUUGGAGACUCUGGAGAAUCUGUCCUCUCGCCUGCGAAUGCCGCCCCUGAUCCCUGCUGAAGUAGACAAGAUCAGAGAGUGCAUCAGUGACAAUAAAAGUGCCACCAUGGAGCUGGAAAAACUGCAGCCAUCCUUUGAAGCCCUGAAGCGUCGGGGAGAGGAACUCAUUGGGAGAUCACAGGGAGCAGACAAGGAUUUGGCUGCAAAAGAAAUCCAGGACAAGCUGGAUCAAAUGGUAUUCUUUUGGGAGGACAUUAAAGCACGGUCUGAAGAGCGAGAAAUUAAAUUCCUUGAUGUCCUUGAGUUAGCAGAGAAGUUCUGGUAUGACAUGGCAGCCCUCCUGACCACCAUCAAAGACACACAGGAGAUUGUCCAUGACCUGGAAAGCCCUGGCAUUGACCCAUCCAUCAUCAAGCAACAGGUUGAAGCUGCUGAGACUAUUAAGGAGGAGACAGAUGGUCUGCACGAGGAGUUGGAGUUCAUUAGAAUCCUUGGAGCAGAUUUGAUUUUUGCCUGUGGGGAAACGGAGAAGCCUGAAGUGAAGAAGAGCAUUGAUGAGAUGAAUAAUGCUUGGGAGAACUUAAAUAGAACUUGGAAAGAACGACUAGAAAAGCUCGAGGACGCGAUGCAAGCUGCUGUGCAGUAUCAGGACACGCUCCAGGCCAUGUUUGACUGGCUGGAUAACACUGUAAUCAGACUCUGCACCAUGCCCCCAGUGGGCACUGACCUCAACACUGUCAAAGAUCAGCUGAACGAGAUGAAGGAGUUCAAAGUAGAAGUUUACCAACAGCAAAUUGAGAUGGAGAAACUCAAUCACCAGGGUGAAUUGAUGUUAAAGAAAGCUACUGAUGAAACUGACAGAGAUAUUAUACGAGAACCACUGACAGAACUCAAACACCUCUGGGAGAAUCUGGGUGAGAAGAUUGCACAUAGACAGCAUAAGCUGGAGGGCGCUCUCUUGGCCCUCGGCCAGUUCCAGCAUGCCCUAGAAGAGCUGAUGGGUUGGCUGACUCACACUGAGGAGCUGCUGGAUGCUCAGAGGCCAAUAAGUGGAGACCCAAAAGUCAUUGAAGUUGAGCUUGCAAAGCACCACGUUCUAAAAAAUGAUGUUUUGGCUCAUCAAGCCACAGUGGAAACAGUCAACAAAGCUGGUAAUGAACUCCUUGAGUCUAGUGCUGGAGAUGAUGCCAGCAGCCUAAGAAGCCGCCUGGAAACCAUGAACCAGUGCUGGGAAUCUGUGCUGCAAAAGACAGAGGAGAGGGAGCAGCAGUUGCAGUCAACUCUGCAGCAGGCCCAGGGUUUCCACAGUGAAAUUGAAGAGUUCCUCUUAGAACUCAAUAGAAUGGAGAGCCAACUUUCUGCAUCUAAACCUACAGGAGGACUCCCGGAGACGGCUAGAGAACAGCUUGAUGCGCACAUGGAACUGCAUUCCCAGCUGAGAGCCAAGGAGGAGAUUUACAACCAGUUGCUUGACAAGGGCAGGCUUAUGCUCCUCAGCCGUGGUGAUUCUGGGUCUGGCUCAAAAACAGAGCAGAGUGUAGCGCUCUUGGAACAGAAGUGGCAUGUGGUCAGCAGUAAGGUGGAGGAAAGAAAGUCAAAGCUCGAAGAGGCCCUCAGCCUGGCAACAGAAUUCCAGAAUUCCUUGCAAGAAUUUAUCAACUGGCUUACUCUAGCAGAGCAGAGUUUAAACAUUGCCUCUCCUCCCAGCCUGAUUUUAAACACUGUUCUUUCCCAGAUAGAAGAGCACAAGGUUUUUGCUAAUGAAGUAAAUGCUCAUCGAGACCAGAUCAUUGAACUGGACCAAACAGGGAACCAGUUGAAGUUUCUUAGUCAGAAACAGGAUGUUGUCUUGAUCAAGAAUUUGUUAGUCAGUGUCCAGUCUCGGUGGGAGAAGGUUGUCCAGCGGUCUAUUGAAAGGGGGCGGUCACUGGAUGAUGCCAGGAAGCGAGCCAAGCAAUUCCAUGAAGCUUGGAAAAAGCUGAUUGACUGGCUAGAAGAUGCGGAGAGCCAUCUGGACUCAGAACUGGAGAUCUCCAAUGACCCAGACAAAAUCAAGCUUCAGCUUUCCAAACACAAGGAAUUUCAGAAAACUCUUGGUGGCAAACAGCCUGUGUAUGACACCACCAUCAGAACUGGCAGAGCACUAAAAGAAAAGACUUUGCUUGCUGACGAUGCUCAGAAACUUGACAACUUGCUAGGAGAAGUCAGAGACAAAUGGGACACUGUCUGUGGCAAGUCUGUGGAGCGACAGCACAAGUUGGAAGAAGCCUUACUGUUUUCAGGCCAAUUCAUGGAUGCUUUGCAGGCUUUAGUUGACUGGUUGUACAAGGUAGAGCCACAGUUGGCUGAGGACCAGCCUGUACACGGGGACCUUGACCUCGUCAUGAACCUCAUGGAUGCUCAUAAGGUUUUCCAAAAAGAACUGGGAAAGAGAACCGGCACCGUUCAGGUCCUGAAGCGGUCAGGCAGAGAACUGAUUGAGAGCAGCAGAGAUGACACCACAUGGGUAAAGGGGCAGCUCCAGGAGCUUAGCACACGCUGGGAUACAGUGUGCAAACUCUCUGUUUCCAAGCAAAGCCGGCUUGAACAGGCCUUAAAACAGGCAGAAGAGUUUCGGGACACCGUCCAUAUGCUGUUGGAGUGGCUUUCUGAAGCAGAACAAACACUUCGCUUUCGAGGGGCCCUUCCUGAUGAUACGGAGGCCCUACAGUCUCUCAUUGACACCCAUAAGGAAUUCAUGAAGAAAGUAGAGGAAAAACGGGUAGAUGUGAAUGCAGCAGUGGCGAUGGGAGAAGUCAUCCUGGCUGUCUGCCAUCCUGAUUGCAUCACGACCAUCAAGCACUGGAUCACCAUCAUCCGAGCUCGCUUCGAGGAGGUUCUGACAUGGGCAAAGCAGCACCAGCAGCGCCUGGAAACAGCUCUGUCAGAACUGGUGGCUAAUGCCGAGCUCCUGGAAGAACUUCUGGCGUGGAUCCAGUGGGCCGAGACCACCCUAAUCCAGCGGGAUCAGGAGCCUAUCCCUCAGAACAUAGACAGAGUUAAAGCUCUUAUCACCGAGCAUCAGUCAUUUAUGGAGGAGAUGACACGCAAACAACCUGAUGUGGACCGGGUCACCAAGACAUAUAAGAGGAAGAAUAUAGAACCCACCCAUGCUCCUUUCAUCGAGAAAUCCCGCAGUGGUAGCAGAAAGUCCUUGAAUCAACCCACACCUCCACCCAUGCCAAUCCUCUCACAGUCUGAAGCAAAAAACCCACGAAUCAACCAGCUCUCUGCCCGCUGGCAGCAAGUAUGGCUGUUAGCCCUGGAGCGCCAGCGGAAGCUGAACGAUGCCUUGGAUAGACUGGAGGAGUUGAAGGAAUUUGCCAACUUUGACUUUGAUGUCUGGAGGAAAAAGUAUAUGCGUUGGAUGAAUCACAAAAAGUCUCGAGUCAUGGAUUUCUUCCGGCGUAUUGACAAGGACCAGGAUGGGAAAAUAACACGUCAGGAGUUUAUCGAUGGCAUUUUAGCAUCUAAGUUCCCUACCACCAAGUUAGAGAUGACAGCUGUGGCUGACAUUUUUGACAGAGAUGGGGAUGGCUACAUUGACUACUAUGAAUUUGUGGCUGCCUUACAUCCCAACAAGGAUGCCUAUCGACCAACAACUGAUGCAGAUAAGAUUGAGGAUGAGGUGACAAGACAAGUGGCUCAGUGCAAGUGUGCGAAAAGAUUCCAAGUGGAGCAGAUUGGCGAGAAUAAAUAUCGGUUCUUCCUCGGCAAUCAGUUUGGAGAUUCUCAGCAGUUGCGGCUGGUCCGUAUUCUGCGCAGCACUGUGAUGGUCCGCGUUGGUGGAGGAUGGAUGGCCCUGGAUGAGUUUCUAGUGAAAAACGAUCCCUGCCGAGUUCAUCAUCCUGGGAGUAAAAUAAAGCGCUCUGAUUCCAGCUCUUCAAUUUCCAGUCAGUCUCCCAUAGCACGGGGCAGAACUAACAUAGAACUUAGAGAGAAAUUCAUCCUGCCAGAAGGGGCAUCUCAGGGGAUGACUCCAUUCCGGUCACGGGGUCGAAGAUCCAAACCAUCUUCCCGGGCAGCUUCUCCCACCCGCUCCAGCUCAAGUGCUAGUCAGAGUAACCACAGCUGUACGUCCAUGCCUUCUUCUCCAGCCACCCCAGCCAGUGGGACCAAGACUCCACUUCAGUUCUCUCGCUGCUAUGACAAACCCUGGUUGGUAAACAGUAAAGCUGGCACACAUGUCAAGGACAGCCAUUGUCCUGACCUCCAGCUACUCAGCCCUGAGGUUAUUUCAUCAACAGGCAGCAAGCUGAAAAGACCAACACCAACUUUUCAUUCUAGCCGAACAUCCCUUGCUGGUGACACCAGCAAUAGUUCUUCCCCAGCUUCCACAGGUGCCAAAACUAAUCGGGCAGACCCUAAGAAGUCUGCCAGCCGUCCCGGGAGUCGGGCCGGGAGCCGGGCCGGGAGCCGAGCCAGCAGCCGUCGAGGAAGUGACGCCUCUGACUUUGACCUUCUAGAGACACAGUCAGCGUGUUCAGACACUUCUGAGAGCAGUGCCGCAGGGGGGCAGGGCAGCUCCAGAAGAGGGCUCACCAAACCCUCCAAAAUCCCAACCAUGUCUAAGAAGACCACCACUGCCUCCCCCAGGACUCCAUGUCCCAAGCGAUAACACUGUACAAGCAGCCCACACCACUCUCCACUUUGAAUCCUGCUUCAUACGUUGGGUGUAUAUUUAUUCUGAACGGGAGAAGUUAUAUUGUUAAAAUUGUAAAAGAAUAAUUGUGUUAUGAAGCUGCCUUAUUUUUUUUCCUUUUUGUAAGUUACUAUUUUCAUGUGAAUAUUUAUGUAGAUAAAAUUUGACUCCUGGUAACCCUGUAACAGACAGGGCCCAGAGAUGAAAUAUUUGAGGAAAACAAAAGGUCAAGAUGCAGAUGUAUUAAAAAGAAAAGCCUCGGAAUAGGGUUUCCUGUGGGGCAGGGUUAUAAACCUGCUUUAUCUUUUAGGAUUAUUCCUAAAUGCAUCUUCUUUAUAAACUUGACUUGCUAUAUCAGCAAGAUAAAUUAUAUUAAAAAAAAUAAGAAUUCUGCAAUGUUUAAGGAACUCUUCUUUCUAAAUCACAGACACCUCAACUAGCAAGAGUUAAGGAGAGGACACUUAAGGUUGCAUUUCCAUUGUUUUACUGCUGUGUAAUUUUAGCUGAAGAGACAGAACCUCAUCUAGAUAGCCUUUGCACAUGAUAGAGCAAAGAGUCCAUUGCAAUACUGUCUUAAAGUAAUGUCUCAGUACGGGGUGUUAAAGGGCACAUAGCUGCUAGGAUUCAGGGGUAAAAGGAAACUUCAAAACAUUGGGGUUUUAAACUGAUUUGUAACAAACUGUCCAACCCAGCCCUCAAUGACUCCUGUGCUCACCAGGCCCCAGGCCCCUGGUGAGGGGACUCCUUGGAGGCACUGUGAAUUACAGAUUUGUUUAUCUGCUUUUUUUUUUUUUCUAUUUAUUUAAAUGGUCGAUCAACCUCCCAUAAACUGAGGGAUGACUUCCAUGCACCCAUUUUGAAAUGUGGACCUAAGACAAACACUGACUCAUCCUUAACGGAGUUCACCAGCACACCAGUCCGUUUGCUUCCGUCUCCUGUGUGUGUAAUAAAGUCAGCUGACCAAGUAACCACAGAGGGGCUGUCUGGGGCUCCCGUUUUUUUAGCUGCUGUUCCUUGUCAGCUCUGACCAUGUUGCUGUGUGAUUAUCUCAAUUGGUUUUAAUUGAGGCAGAAACUGAAGCUCUACCAAUGAACUGUUUAAAAACAAGACACACUUUUGUAUUAAAAUUGCUUGCAGUAACAAA